AUGGCUCCGCGGAGCUGCCUUGUGGCGCUCCUUGCGUUCCUCCUUGUAUUCCAGACGCUCUCAGCUGCGCCGCAAGUGCAGGCAGAGGAGACAAAGGACGUGGGUACCAAUGGCGAUCUUCCCAAGGUCGAGGAGCCGAUUGGAGCCGUCCCUACUGGAUCGACCACAGACACCCAAACCCAGGAGAGGGAGAAGAGCUCGAUGCGACGGUCGGGCGAGAAGUUCCAGUUCCAGGCGGAGGUGCACCGGCUGAUGGACAUCAUCAUCAACUCGCUCUACAGCAACAAGGACGUCUUCCUCCGUGAACUCAUCUCCAACGCCUCCGACGCUUUGGAUAAGAUUCGCUUCCUGUCGCUGACGGACAAGUCCAUCCUGGGCGAGGGCGACAACACCAAGCUCGAGAUCCAGAUCAAGCUGGACAAGGAUCGCAAGAUUCUGUCGAUCCGCGAUCGCGGUAUCGGGAUGACCAAGGACGAUCUCAUCAAGAACCUUGGAACCAUCGCCAAGUCCGGCACGUCAGCCUUCCUGGAGCGCAUGCAGAAGAGCGGCGACAUCAACCUGAUCGGUCAGUUCGGCGUGGGGUUCUACUCCGUGUACCUUGUGGGCGACCGCGUGGAGGUGCGCUCCAAGCACAACGACGACUCCGCGUGGGUGUGGGCCAGCGCCGCCGACGGCAACUUUGAGGUGUAUCCCGACGACGCGGAGGAGGACGAGCCGCUGGGGCGCGGCACGGAGAUCCGCAUUCACCUCAAGGAGGAGGCCAGCGAGUACCUGUCGGAGGAUAAGCUCAAGGAGCUGGUGAAGAAGUACUCGCAGUUCAUCAACUUCCCCAUCUACAUGUGGGGCAGCCGCGAGGUGGACGAGGAGGUGCCGGUGGACGAGGAGGAGGUGGAGAAGGAGGAGGACAAGGACGAGAAAGACAAGGAGGACACGGAGACCGAGGAAGUCGCUUUUCUCUCCCUCCGUCGUGCGUGGCGGCGUGGCGGUGGCCUGGCAGAGCCCAAGACGCGAGUGGAGAAGCGCACCAAGUGGGAGUGGGAGCUGCUGAACAGCGUCAAGGCCAUCUGGCUGCGCAGCCCCAAGGACGUCACCGACGACGAGUACCGCGAAUUCUACAAGUCGCUCGCCAAGGACUACAGCACGGACAAGCCCCUCUCAUGGACUCAUUUCUCCGCAGAGGGUGACGUGGAGUUCAAGGCCGUUCUCUUCAUCCCACCGCGCGCGGCCUACGACAUGUACGACAACUACUACGCCAACAAGGCAGCGCUGAAGCUGUACGUGCGGCGCGUGUUCAUCAGCGAGGAGUUCGAGGAGCUGCUGCCCAAGUACCUCAACUUCCUCAAGGGCCUCGUCGACUCCGACUCGCUGCCGCUCAACGUGUCUCGCGAGAUGCUGCAGGCGCACAGCAGCCUCAAGACCAUCCGCAAGAAGCUCGUGCGCAAGGCGCUUGAUAUGAUCCGACGGCUGGCGGAGGACGAGGAGGAGGCCAAGGCUAAGGCCAAGGAGGAACGCGAGAAGGAGGGCAUUGCCGAGGAUGACAAGGAGCGCGUGCCAUCAGACGCGGAGACGCAGUACGAGGACUUCUGGCGCGAGUUUGGGCGCGCCAUGAAGCUGGGCGUGAUUGAGGACUCGUCCAACCGCAUGCGCCUCGCCAAGCUGCUGCGAUUCAAGAGCUCGAACGACCCAGAGAAGCUGACGAGCCUGGAGCAGUACGUGUCACGCAUGAAGCCGGGGCAGAAGGCCAUCUACUACGUCACGGGGCCCAGCCGCGAGCAGCUGGAGCGCUCGCCCUUCAUCGAGAAGCUGCUCAAGAAGGGCUUCGAGGUGCUCUACCUCACCGAGCCCGUGGACGAGUACCUCAUGCAGAACCUCACUGACUUCGACGAUAAGAAGUUCCAGAAUGCUUCUAAGGAGGAUCUGAAGCUCGGUGGGAAGAAGAGCAAGGAGAAGGAGAAGGCGAUGAAGGAGGGCUUUAAGGACCUGCUGGCGUGGUGGAAGGAGCAGCUGGGCAGCAAGGAGGUGGAGGCGGUGAAGCUGAGCGAGCGCCUGGCGUCGUCCCCGUGCGUGGUGGUGACCAGCAAGUACGGGUGGAGCGCCAACAUGGAGCGCAUCAUGACGUCGCAGGCUCUUGGUGACCCGUCGCGGCAGUCGUACCUCAAGGGAAGGAAGAUCCUGGAGGUCAACCCGCGCCACCCCAUCGUGCAGCAGCUCAAGGAGCUCGUUGCUGCUGACCCCAAGGAUGAGACAGCAGUGAGUGUGGCGUCAACGUUGUACGAGACAGCACUGAUCGAGUCGGGCUUCUCUCUGGAGGACCCCACCAAGUUUGCAGCGCGCAUCUUCUCGGCUCUCAAGACCAACCUCAAGAUUGAUCCCGACGCCGCCGUGGAAGAGGAAGAAGAGGAUGAGGAGGGGACUGAGGAGGGCAGCUCAGAGAGCAAGGGUGAGGAUGGAAUUGAGACGAUCAGUCUGGGUGGCGACGACGAGUCAGCAGAAGAUGAUGCUGACGUGGACAACGAGGCACCUGGGCUGGAGGAUGCUGAUGACAAGCACGAUGAGCUCUAG